AUGACCAUGGUGUGGUUCAGUUCCAACACGCUUCAGCCUACCAUUGUCUCGGCUUCGUGGGAUCAGACCGUGAAGGUCUGGAACUUGAGCAACUGUAAACUCAGGAACACGCUGGCAGGUCAUGGCGGGUAUGUCAACACAGUGGUCGUCUCGCCGGAUGGGUCUCUGUGCAUGAGCGGAGGCAAGGACGGGGUGAUCCUGCUCUGGGACUUGGCAGAGGGCAAGAGGCUCUACUCACUUGACACAGGGUCUAUCAUCCACGGGCUGUGCUUCAACCCCAACAGGUGUUGGCUGUGCGCAGCGACCAAACAGAGCAUCAAGAUAUGGGAGUCAGGAACAAAGGAAAUGACAACGUGUCUUGUGGUAACUCUGAGCUCCAAGAAUGAGCUUCAGAUGCCAGUUGUGGGCUACACUACCCGAGGAAGACUUUAA